AUUGAUUAAUGUAUCUCUUAUCAUUUAGCUGGAAGGAAUCUCCUAACUGCCCCUAUGAUGAUGAUGAGUAACAAAGCAUUGAGUUUUCCAUCCUGACACCACAAUGCCUGGAGCCCUCUUCUGACGUUGGUUGGAUGCAUCUGUCUUUCCAGUGCGAGACAAUGAUGACACAAUGGGGUCAAUUCACAAAGCUUUUUUUGCCGAUACCGGUCGUUAUGUAAACGAUUUCACACGUUAUUGAAGCAAGUCCAAUUCACUAAACGACUUAACGCUUGUAAAAAUCAUCAAAUAACGUUUCACUACACGGAACCGAUAUUUUUAGUUUUGAGUCGUUAUUGAACGUAUUGAUCGUUGUUUUAACGACUCAAAUCGUUAAAUAUGUACAGAAGUGCAAUUCACAAAGGUUUUUUAGACAGUUAACGAUCGCUAAGCAAUUGUUAAAUAAGCACCUCCCUGAGGGUGGCGUUAUGACAUUUCCCAGGCGAUAUUUCAUUUGUUGAGAGGAAUUUUUUGGCGGUUCAGGCUUGUAGUAAAUUUUGUUAGGAGUUUUGUGCAAGAUGGAACCAUUUGGAUGUGCUCUAUUUGAACUGAAACUGAUCCAGAGGCGAAGAAGGACACGUCAGAAUGUUGUUCAGAUAGAGAAACGUGUAUUCCGUUCACGUACCUUUUUGGAUCAAUUUACUGAAACCCAGGUGAUAGCCAAAUUCAGAUUAUCCUCUCCCAUGAUACAUUCCCUGUAUGAUGAAAUACACUUGGCCCUAGAAACACGCACGCGGAGAAGUAAUGCAGUACCAGGUCUUGUGCGUUUUUUGGCAGUACUUCAUUUUUUAGGAAAGGCCUCAUACCAACAUGUCAGUGGUGAGAUUGUUGGCAUCUCACAACCCAGUUUUUCCCGCUGCUUGGUGGAGGUCCUGCAAGCACUGCGACAACUUGCUCCAAAAUACAUACACAUGGGCAAGUCACGUGAAGAGCGGGAUCAAAUUAAACGUGGUUUUUUUGACCUAGCAGGAAUGCCCAAUGUCAUUGGGGCAAUAGACUGCACCCAUGUGCCAUUAUGUCCCCCAUCAGAACAGGAGCACAUCUACCGAAACCGUAAGGCUUACCAUUCACUCAACAUCCAGGUGAUCUGUGAUUCAAACCUCAUAAUCCGUGAUGUUGUCACCGGCUUUCCAGGAUCCUGUCAUGAUGCCCAUAUAUUGCGCCAAUCGGGAAUAUAUGAUACUCUGGACAAGGACUUAGAAAAUAAUGGAUGGCUGCUGGGAGAUGCUGGUUACCCCUGUCUACCAUGGCUCUUAACACCUAUCAACAGGCCAUCCUCUCCUGCAGAAGCAGCUUACAAUGUUGCUCAUACCAAAACACGAGUGGUUAUCGAAAGAUGCUUUGGUGUCCUAAAGAGCCGUUUCCGUUGCAUGUCCUUGUCUGGUGGAUUCCUUCAGUAUUCCCCCAGUAAGGUACAGUAG